CAAAUUCAGAGCUCAGCCAUGCCAAAUAGGACAGCAAUUACAGAAUUCAUCCUUCUGGGACUUACAGAUGACCCGGAGUUCCAAGUUGUGAUAUUCUGCUUUAUGCUGAUCACAUACUUACUAAGUGUAAGUGGAAACACGACCAUCAUUAUGUUAACACUGUCAGAUGUUCACUUGAAAACUCCCAUGUAUUUCUUCCUCAGGAAUUUCUCUUUCUUAGAAAUUUCAUUUACAACUCUCUGCAUUCCUCGGUUUCUGAUUAGCAUUGCUACAGGAAGCACAGCCAUUUCCUAUAACUCUUGCAUGGCACAAGUAUUUUUUCUGAUCCAUCUGGGAUCAACAGAAUUUUUUCUACUGGCUGCAAUGUCCUAUGGUCGCUAUGUAGCUAUCUGCAAACCUCUCCACUACACAGCCAUCAUGAACCACAAAGUCUGCAAUCAUCUUGUAAUCGGUUCCUGGUCAGCUGAUUUCGUCAUCAUUUCCCCCCCAGUGAUUAUGGGUCUCCAGCUGGAAUUCUGUGACUCUAACAUCAUUGACCACUUCACCUGUGACUCUUCCCCCAUGCUGCAGAUCGCUUGCACAGACACAAGGUUCCUAGAGCUCAUGGCAUUUUUUUUAGCAGUGUUCACACUCAUACUAACUUUGGCCUUGGUGAUUCUCUCCUAUGAACUUAUCCUUAGAACAAUUCUGAAGCUCCCCUCUGCCCAGGAAAGGAAAAAAGCUUUUUCUACAUGUUCCUCCCAUGUGAUUGUGGUUUCCAUUUCCUACGGAAGUUGCAUUUUUAUGUAUAUAAAAAAUCUGGACUUUCUGAGCUGUCUCUGUCUUAAUUGCCUUUUCUGUCUUUCCUGGGAUUAAUUUACUGCAGAGGGUGUGGCUCUAAACAAAGGGGUCGCAGUGCUUAACACCUCUGUUGCUCCCAUGCUGAAUCCCUUUAUUUAUACCUUGAGGAACCAGCAGGUCAAACAGGCAUUCAAGGACUUCACCAAAAAAAUGCUAUCAUCAAAUGAGCAUUAA